AUGUCCCCGGUCGUCGUCCGAAUGAGUCUUCAAGGGCCAGAGAAACAGUUGGCCCCGGCAGGCAGGUGGAGGCUCGCGUCUGCGAGGCGCCUAACCCCGAAACAGCGAAACAUGGCAAGACAUCCCACGAGGCACGUCUUUCUCCCCAAUGCGCCACGGAUUUGCCGCCGGGGAAAGAGAAGAAUACUGGAGCAAAGCCUGUGA